CCGCGCUGCCUCCCCCGCCCGCAGCCGCGCCGGGCGCGGGGCAUGGCCAGACUCACCGAGGGCGAGGCGAGGAGACAGCCGCCGCCGCUCCCGCCAGCGCCGCAGCCGCCGCGCCGAGCCUCCCCCAUGAACAGCAGCGGCGGCGCGGAGCCCCCCGCGCAGCCCGACAGCAUGAAAGACCUGGAUGCCAUCAAGCUCUUCGUGGGGCAGAUCCCGCGCAACCUGGAGGAGAAGGACCUCAAGCCGCUCUUCGAGCAGUUCGGCAAGAUCUACGAGCUCACCGUGCUCAAGGACCGCUACACCGGCAUGCACAAGGGUUGUGCAUUCCUCACGUACUGUGCCAGAGACUCUGCCAUCAAAGCCCAGACAGCACUGCAUGAACAGAAGACUUUGCCAGGGAUGGCACGCCCAAUUCAAGUGAAACCCGCAGACAGCGAGAGCCGUGGAGGUAGGGACAGGAAGCUCUUUGUGGGCAUGUUAAAUAAGCAGCAGUCUGAGGAUGACGUGCUCCGGCUCUUUGAACCAUUUGGGGUCAUUGAUGAAUGUACGGUGCUCCGUGGACCUGAUGGUAACAGCAAAGGCUGUGCUUUUGUAAAGUUCUCAUCUCACACAGAGGCUCAGGCAGCAAUCCACGCACUCCAUGGCAGCCAGACAAUGCCCGGUGCCUCCUCCAGUCUAGUGGUGAAGUUUGCUGACACAGAUAAGGAAAGGACCCUCCGUCGUAUGCAGCAAAUGGUGGGGCAGCUGGGGAUAUUCACUCCAUCUCUCACCUUGCCGUUCAGCCCAUACAGCGCCUAUGCGCAGGCUCUGAUGCAGCAGCAGACGACGGUUCUCUCCGCUUCCCAUGGCAGCUACCUGAACCCAGGCGUCGCCUUCUCCCCCUGCCACAUCCAGCAGAUCGGUGCCGUCAGUCUCAACGGGCUGCCAGCUGCUCCCAUUGCACCAGCAUCAGGGCUACAUUCACCACCUCUCCUGGGAACAGCAGCCAUGCCGGGACUUGUAGCACCGAUUUCUAAUGGAUUCACUGGAGUGGUACCAUUCCCAAAUGGGCAUCCAGCCUUGGAAACAGUUUACACCAAUGGCCUUGUGCCAUAUUCAGCCCAGAGCCCUUCAGUAGCAGAGACUUUGCACCCAACCUUCACAGGAGUUCAGCAGUAUGCAGCUGCGUAUCCGACCACCACCAUCACCCCCAUUGCACAGAGCAUCCCUCAGCAGCCUCCCAUCCUGCAGCAGCAGCAACGAGAAGGUCCUGAAGGCUGCAAUCUCUUCAUCUACCAUCUCCCUCAGGAGUUUGGAGACAACGAGUUGAUGCAGAUGUUCCUGCCUUUUGGCAAUAUCAUUUCCUCUAAGGUAUUCAUGGAUCGUGCCACCAACCAGAGCAAGUGUUUUGGUUUUGUAAGCUUUGACAACCCAUCCAGUGCACAGACUGCUAUCCAGGCUAUGAAUGGCUUCCAGAUUGGCAUGAAACGCUUGAAGGUCCAGUUAAAACGGCCCAAGGAUGCUAACCAUCCCUACUGACAGCAGUAAACAAGCAGGAGUCACUUCUGCAGCACAAGGUGAAAGGAAAGUCCAGAGGAAGAAUUUCUGCUUCAGGUUGAUUUACAGAAAGGCCAGUAAAUUUAUCGACUCUUCUGACACCACUCCUUUCCUUCCUCUGCUUCCCACCUACCCACCCUAUCUUCCUCUUCCCCUCCUCUCCAAGACACGCAAUUAAAGAGAAGGCUCAAUAUCUGCCCAGGAGGAAGAUUCUUGCCACGACCGACUCAUAUUUGCUGCUAAUGUGGUGCAUAGCAAAGGGACCAGCAAACCAGCAGCCCCUGGGGACAUAAACCUCUUCCUCUUGGGGUAUGGCUGGAGUACGUGGACCAAGAAAACCCACUGGUGUGUCUCUAGGUUAAUGCAGUGAUGUAUGGAAGUUUAGUCCCAUCCCUCCCUCCCUCUUGCUCCGUUUCUGGCCUUUUCAUAGACAAAUAUACAUAUAUAUACAGUCUCUAUUUUUUUUUUAAAGUGGCUCACAGGACCAAACUUUUCAGACUGACUGCUUGCAAGAGGUAUUGGACGUUUGGGGUUUACCUUUGCAACAGUGUCUUCUCAGCACACACUGCAGAUAGGCCUGAACAUUUUGAGAGGAUACUUGGGGAGAGAGAGGGGGAGGGUGGCAGAGGGUAGGGAGAAAGAGAGGAUCAUCUCUCUGCUCAACAUUAGCAAGAAGGAGGAGAAAUACAUACCUCCAGGAUUAGGGCACAGUCAGAUGCUCAGCUCGAGUCACUCAUCCACUGUAGCACCAGCCUGGUUAAGGAUCUCAAGAGCUCUCAGUCUUACCUGUCCCAGGGCUUCUGCAGACAAAGCUCCUGGAAUUUGGUGCCAGACCCCAUCCUGACAACUCCCCGAUUAGACUGAGAGCACAGGAAACCAGUCACUUUACCUACAGGAACUGUACUGCCUCCCCACACAUGGCACAGAUCUGUGUUUCAUAGUUCUCCAUGGUAACAGCAUUUUCUUGAUGAAGGCAAGAGAAGAUAACAGUGUGAGCAGAUGCAAUCUUCUAAACAGUUACAGAAUCCUCCUGGGGGCUACACACUGCCUCCCCGUGUCAGAUAAGCUAAUGCUUUCCAUAAGCUGUAAAAUGUGUUGAGGGGGUUGAACGACAUAGCAGAGCUGCUUAGUGAGCAGUACUUAUUCCCAGAUGAAACAGGACGUUUUCUCCCUCUGAAUUCAGCAAGAAGACACCUCACGCACCCGUUUGCAAAGCUUUCCCCAGCAGAUGCAAGGAUAAUAUGAUGAAAGAGGGUUGUCAUUCUGUUUUUUCAUUUUUCCCAGCACUCCCUCCAAGAGACUGAUAAUACAUUAUGCAGC